CGGCAAUAAGUCCUACAGGGCAAUGUGUGUUUGCGUGUGUAUUUGUUUAUGCAUUUUCUACGGUGAGAUAUGAUAACCCACAGAAACUCAACUCAACCAGCAAAAAAUGAGAGUGGCUGAGAUGCAUGCUAGAGUGUGUGUAUGCGAGAGCAGAGUUAGUUGUAUAUCUUUAGGUCGCUAGCUGCUCACUCGUCUAUGCUCGUAGACGUCGUCGUCAUCGUCGUCGUCGUCGUGGUUGCCGUUGCCUUCGCGAGCGUCAAAGUGAGUUCAUGACUCUGGCAAUGACUGGCAUUCAUUGAUUUAGUAUUUGUUUGGACAUCGUUGUUAGCGGAGGGUUUUAAACGCAUUGUUGUCGCUCGUCGUAACACACACACCGAAUUAGUUGUCGUCGUCGUCGUUCGCGGCUCGUCUUGUCCGUCGUCAUCAACAAAAAAUAAAGAAAAUAAAAAAACGGAGUAGCGCGUCGUCGCUGUCUUUUUAACAUUCUAAACAAGAAACGCGCUAUGUUCAAAACAAGAAAAUAAAAGAAGAAAAAAAAACAGUUUUUUUCAUACUCGUAUUGUGUUGGAUUGGUGUUGUUUUUGUUUUGUCGAGAUAGAAGAAAGAAAACAAAAAGUUGAAAGAAAGCAAAAAUUAUAAGAAUUCAUAACAACAUAGAAUAUUUAUGUGUAUGUAUGUAUGUAUGUCUAGAAGAAAAGAAGAAGCAGAAAAAGAAACCUACAAACAAAUGUACCUACCUACAAUAAUAAAGCCACAUUAUUAGUUUUGAUUUUGAUGUUGAGGUUGUUGUUGUUGUUGAUUUUGGCAUGGAAUAUUUAAAAAUACAACAACCAUGUAGUAGACAUUGUUGUCUUCAUUUAUUUCGGCUGUUGUUUUUAAACGUGCAGUGAACACAAAGUAAAUAAUAAUUCGUGUAUCUUCUCGUUCUACGUUUUCAAUAACACACGGAUACACAUACAUACAGACAGACAGGCAGAUAGACAGACAAACUCAGGCGCGUUUGUGGCCCCCAACACCCCUUAUGCACAUGCAUAAGUGCGCGCAGCACACACAACAAACUCUACUCUCUCGCAUCGGUGCAAGCAAGUAAACAAACCAGCAACAAAACAGAACAAAAUCAUUUCUUUCUUUCAUUAUUCGUCGUCGUCAGUCUUCUGCUGGGGCUCUCCAUUAUUUCCGAUCGAAAUCAAACCCCCAGCAAAACGGCAUGAAACGAAGAAAGAUCGCCGCCGCCAAAAAAACACACACCGCUUGCAAGAAAUGGAAAUUGAAUUGAAAUAAAAUACAAAAACAACAACACCAGCAGCAGCAAUAAUAAAACGUGCACUUUUAAUUAUCAAAGUUCGAGUGUGGUGAUACGUCUUACGUUACGUUGAGAUACGUUGAAUAUCCACAAGGUCAGAGGCGACUCUUGGGAAAUUUAAAAAAUCAAGUGCAAUUUUUUGGAAACACAUUUUUUUUACAAAAAAAAAAGAAAAAAUUUAUAAAGAUCUCUGUUUGAAUGUUUGAGUGUCUUGGUGUUUUUGUUUUCUAAUAACCCUCAUAGCAUAAUUAUCAAAAUGCUGUUAAUUAUUUAACAAAAAAAAAAGUUCAAUGGCAAAUUUUUAUUGGUGUUCCCCAAAGGCUAUGGAAAAAAUGUGUGAACAACAACAAAAAAACUAACAAAACAAAAAGUGAAUGAUAAGAAAAUAAAAAUUUUUAAAAACCAAAAAACAAACUGAUUAAAAGAAAAUUAAAAAAAAAUAAUUUGAAUCUAAACUAAAAAAAUUAACAACAAUAACUUAGAAAUCCUUUAGAGUAGCUGCCAGUGCAACUCUUAGCCUUGCCUUUACUUUGUCUAAAGUGUUGUGGUGAUUGAGUGUUAGAAAACGAGAGAGAGCGAGAGAGAGAGAGAGUGCAAGACAUCACCCCUAAUAUAAUUGAAACUGGAGAUUUGCCCACCUUGGGUAGUUGAGUGAACAAGAUUUUUCUGUUCUUUGUUCCAUGCCUUAUGCCAUUAGUCGUAGUCGUCGUCGUCAUCGUCAUCAUCCUCGCCAACCUCACUCACCUUCGUUGAUUUCUUAAAGAAAGCAAACCAACAAAGCCAAUACUACUCCUAACAACAAAGGCAUAAAGAGAGCGAGUACGUAAGUGAACGAGAAAGUGCGUGCGUGCUAGUGUCAUUGCAUAUGGUGCGUGGGUACGUGAGUGUUGCUGCUGCUACUGCCGACUGACUGGCUAAGUGCGUGCGUGCGUAAAAAUCCUUAAGGAAUAUUCAGUGUAGACCACAAACUCUGUCUGUCUGGCUGCUUGGGUGAUUAUAAUUUUAUGUGUCUGCUGCUACUGUCGUUUUUAUGACACUCAUCAUUCGUCCUUCGCCUCCUUAAAAAAAAGCACACACAACAACAACAGCAAUCCCCAACACCCCUAAGCGCCCCCUAGUCAAGGUCUUUUUAUGGGAAUUUGCUUUACGCAGCCCACAUUGUCUUCGUCCUCAACGUGAAGUUGGUGUUGAUAGCGCCGUCUGGCUUACAAUUACUUUAAUGGAGCACAUAAUAAAUUACAAAAGCAACAGCAACUGACUUAGAACAACAAUAACAAGAACAAAAACAAAUACAAAUCAUUUAGUGAAAUUCUUAAAGGAAAUUCUUAACAGCAAAAAAAAAAAAACAAACAAACAAAAUCUCACCACAAAUUUCCUAAUUCCUACUCAUCCCAUAAACGCUUUGCCAGCAAACUUGUUUUAAUUACUCGCUCUCCUACUCUCUUAGAAGAAAACAACAACAAAAAACCAUACACCUCACUCUUCGUUACCGUUAAAAAAAUUCAAAGAUAACCUGUUGAUCGCAAUGAAAUGACCUGCAUAAAUUAAAUUAAAUUAUAAUAAAAAAUUUAAUAAAAAAAAUAUUGUGAUAUAUUAAAAUACAUACACACAUAUAUGUAUAUAAAAUAUACAUACACAUAUAAUUAAUAUUAUAUAGAACAACAACCUGCAAAUUGGAUUUAUUUCAAUGGAACGGGUUCAAUAAAACCUCAUCUUUAGUCAACGGAAUAACCUCAACAACUACAACAACAACAAUUAGAAAGCAACCUCAAACCUCCCGAAGAGAACAAACAAUCUCUCCCCAAUACCCCCACAACCCAUAUAACGGAACAAAAAACUACACAGCAAAUGGAUUAAUGCUUAGAAGGGAAUAUUUUUCAAAAUAGUUAAAGUUGAAAUUAUAAAAAGGAAAAAUUAAUUUUUUGUAAAGCUUUAAUAAACAACAACGUCCUGCUGCGUUAUCGCUUCAGAACGCGUUGCCAGAAAUUUUACACAAUUUCGCCUUCCAAAUGAUGAAACGACGUUGGUCUAAUAAUGGUGGUUUCACCGCCCUAAGAAUGCUCGAAGAAUCCUCCUCCGAAGUAACAUCAUCAUCCAACGGCCUGGUUUUAUCAACAGAACUCAAUAUGUCACCCUCAUCACUGGACUCGCCUGUCUAUAACGAUGCAGAGUUAUGGAUGUGCAACGAUUCAGCCCCCAAUUAUAAUCAGCACAGUGUUAUAACCUCCUUGCAGGGUUGCUCCACAUUGCCAGCCCAAACCACUAUAAUACCCCUACCCGCUUUACCCAAUUCCAAUUCGAAUAGUUCAACGCAGAAUUAUACGAAUGGUCACAAUUCAAAUAUGGUCUCCGCAAAUGGUGGUGUGGUGCCGGGCAUGACAAAUUUGAAUGGUCACAAUCAUGCCAGCCAUCACAGUAAUCCCAAUCACCUUAUGAAUGGUAAUGGUGGUGGUGGGGGAGGUGGUGGCGGCGGUGGCGGGGGAGGAGGCGGUGUUGGUCCAGUGGGAGCUACAGGUUUAACACAACAUCAGCUGUCGGCAGCUAUCCACCAGUCGCUGCAGAAUGGUCAUACCAUGCAAAUGAAUCACAAUGGCAUUCAUAGCCUAAGUAAUGGCCUGCAGCAUCAUCAUAUCAACAAUGGCAAUAAUAUGAUGCAUCAUGCACCACGUUCGGAAUCGGUGAAUUCAAUAUCGUCAGGACGUGAUGAUUUGUCACCUUCGAGUAGUCUCAAUGGCUUUUCCACCAGCGAUGCCAGUGAUGUUAAGAAAAUCAAAAAAGGUCCUGCGCCCCGUUUACAAGAGGAACUAUGCCUGGUGUGUGGCGAUCGGGCGUCAGGCUAUCAUUAUAACGCGCUUACCUGUGAAGGCUGCAAGGGCUUCUUUCGACGGAGUGUUACCAAAAAUGCCGUUUAUUGUUGUAAAUUUGGACAUGCGUGCGAAAUGGACAUGUACAUGCGGCGCAAGUGUCAGGAGUGUCGGCUGAAGAAGUGCCUGGCGGUGGGCAUGCGGCCCGAAUGUGUUGUCCCCGAGAACCAGUGUGCAAUGAAGAGGCUCGAGAAGAAGGCCCAAAAGCAAAAGGAUAAACUGCAGACGAAUGUGUGUGCCACGGAUGGUGUCAAAAAGGAGAUACUUCUUGAUCUGAUGUCUUGUGAACCUCCCACACAUCCCACAUGUCCGCUGUUACCUGAAGAUAUAUUGACAAAAUGUCAGGCUCGAAAUAUACCUCCUCUAACGUACAAUCAAUUGGCAGUUAUUUAUAAAUUAAUAUGGUAUCAAGAUGGCUAUGAGCAGCCAUCCGAGGAAGAUCUCAAACGUAUAAUGAGUUCACCCGAUGAAAAUGAAAGCCAAACGGAUGUGAGUUUUCGUCAUAUAACUGAAAUCACUAUACUCACAGUACAAUUAAUUGUGGAAUUUGCCAAGGGUUUGCCAGCGUUUACCAAAAUACCACAAGAAGAUCAAAUUACUCUGUUAAAGGCCUGCUCAUCCGAAGUUAUGAUGUUGCGAAUGGCACGUCGCUACGAUCACAAUACAGACUCGAUAUUCUUUGCCAAUAAUCGAUCGUACACCCGUGACUCGUACAAAAUGGCCGGCAUGGCUGAUAAUAUUGAGGACUUGCUGCAUUUCUGUCGACAAAUGUACUCCAUGAAGGUGGACAAUGUCGAAUAUGCUUUACUCACUGCCAUUGUGAUCUUCUCCGAUCGGCCGGGACUCGAAGAAGCCGAACUAGUCGAAGCGAUACAAAGUUACUACAUCGAUACACUCCGCAUUUACAUACUUAAUCGCCAUUGCGGCGAUCCCAUGAGUCUCGUAUUCUUUGCCAAGCUGCUAUCCAUAUUGACCGAACUGCGAACCUUGGGCAAUCAGAAUGCAGAAAUGUGCUUCUCGCUCAAGCUGAAGAAUCGCAAACUGCCAAAAUUCCUCGAAGAGAUUUGGGACGUUCAUGCCAUUCCACCCUCGGUGCAGUCGCACAUACAGGCCACACAGGCGGAGAAGGCCGCCCAGGAAGUGUUGGCCUCCACAUCGGGCAUAGCCACAGCAAUACAACAGGUAGCCGCCACCUCAUCAUCCUCCAUCAAUACGUCACUGGCCACCUCAUCGACAUCACCUACCACAGCAGCUUCCAGCACGCCCAAUGGUGGCGGCGACUUUGGCACCGACAUGAGUCUGACGCUGACGGGUCAAACCGAUAGCAGCGCAUAGCAAUAGCUGAUAAUCGAGGAUGACGAUGAGGGUGUUGUACUACUGGAAACCGCUGCAGCCGUUGCAUUUGCCGAUCAUGAAUUGCAACACUAGAUGUUCUAAACAUCUAAUGUUGUUUUUUUUUCUUUUUGUUGUUUUUUUAUUGAUUUUGACCAUGUCUCUGGUUCAUCAGUUCCACACAUACACUUUGUUUAAGGGGUUCUUUUCAUUUUGAUAAGGUAACAUUUUAUUUUGAAAACUUUUGCUGAUCGCUUUGGUGAAUUUUAAGGGUCAUACAAGUGCGGCAAAUUUUCUAAUAAUUUGAUAAUUUUUAAAGACAACUUUUGGAUGUUUAUGUUGCGAAUAUCUACAAUUACACUGUUUUAUGCAAGCACUAUCCAGUGGAAGUCAUAGAUUUUCAAACAAAGUUUUGAUGGUUAUCAUAACAUCGAUAUCAAUCAAUAGCUAAACAAUAUAUAUUCAUAGUAAAUUGUACAUGUUAUCGUCUGUCAUCAUGUCAUAGCCGAGUCAGAAGGCGUGCCGCAGUGCGACACUUCUUUGGAGAAAUGUUUGACGUGGCAUAGUACCUCACAAAUGUUUCCAGCAUUAGGAGGGGAAAACUACCGCUGAAUAUUUUUUCUGAUAGUCUCGAAUCCAGGCGUUCAGCGUCAUAGGUGGACAUGCUAACCUCUGCACUACGGUGGCCCCCAAUAUAUAUUUGGAGCAAAAACUUUUUAAGGUUUCAAAAUUAAGAGAAAAAAUUUUUAAAACUAAAUUUUAUAGAAAAUUAUUUUAAAUUGUUCACGCUCACUACUACAGGACGGGAGUUAUAGUAAUUUUUUCGGGAGAUUUAUUCGAAUAUUCAUCUCCGAUUCCACAAAGGAGAGCUGGCAAACUAUCGAUAAUCGCAACAUUCGAUAUUUCCGAUAUUUCUUAUAAUAAAUAUUUCAAAUAACCAAACGAAAAUGAAAAGUAAAACUCAGCAGAUCGAUUUAUAUAGAAGCAAUAUCAAUGCACAAACCGAAUAAAACAAAAUUGAAAAAGUCUGUUGAAGUCAGGAUUGUAAAAGUUUUUAACCUAACCAGAUGAAAAUUGCGCCCUCUAUAGGCGUAAUGUAUCUUAAAGGAUACAUUCAGUGUCAGAUCGGCAAUUUUUGUUUAAUGUUGCAAAAAAUUUAACUUUGCCAAUAGUAUCGAUAGAAAAAUUAUCAAUCGAUAUUCAGACAAAAAAAAAAUAAAAUAUCGAUAGUAUCGAUGGUGUCAUCAAUAUCUUGUUAGCUCUAUCACAAAGUCCAUAGUUUGACAAAAAGUUUGUUAUGGAUAAUAAUAUUAUUGAUUUAUAUAUAUGUUAUCGAAAACCAUAUUAUCGAUAUGUUAUGGAUAAUUAUACUAUCGGUGUGUUAUAGAUAAUUAUUGAUAGUUAUUUUAUGGGUGUGUUACCGAUAAUUAUACUAUCGGUAUAUUACCGAUAGUUAUUUUGUCGUUAUGUAUCGAUAUAUUAUCGAUAACACGUUAUCCAUGUCCUUAAAAAUUCAAUGGAUUUUAUACGCCAAUAAUAUAGACCUAAAUACAUGACUGUUUAAUUCUGCAAAAUGUUUAAUUUUGCCAAUAGUAUCGAUAGAAAAAAAAUUUCAAUCGAUAUUUAGACAAAAAAUAAAAUAUCGAUAGUGCCAUCGAUAUUUUGUCAGCUCUACCACAAAGUCUAUAUAUUGGCGAUGUUUUGUUUCGAAUGUUAUCGAUAAAUAUUCUAUGGAUAAUAAUAUUAUUGAUAUGCAAUCGAUAAAUAUGCUAUGGAUAAUAAUAUUAUUGAUAUGCAAUCGAUAAUUAUAUUAUAUAUAUGUUAUCGAAAAUCAUAUUACCGGUAUAUUAUUGACUAUUAUACUAUCGGAAUGUUAUAGUUAAUUAUUUUAUAUAUAUAUAUGUUAUCGAAAAUAAUAUCGGUACGUUAUCGACCCUUAUACUAUCGGUAUGUAAUCCGUUAAUUAUAUUAUCGAUGUGUUAUCGAUAAUUAUAUUAUUGGUAUGUUACCGUUAGUUAUUUUAUUGGUAUGUUACCGAUAAUUAUAUAAUUAUUGACAAAUAUGUUAUCGAUAACAACACAUUAUCAAUGUCCUUAAAAAUUCGAUCGAUUUAUUCGAUAUAUAAAUUGCCUGAUUUUCCCUGAUUUAAUGUAAAUUUAAUAAUUGUUGCUUUAUCUUAUGAACAGUGCAACAUAAAAUGCAAUGUCAUUGCAUGUUAUCACCUUAUAAGCCACUUGUAUGUCCUUUAAAGACAAAGCGAUGAUGUUUAAACUAUAAAUCUUUUUUUUUUCAAUUUUUUCCUAUUACUUUUAAACCCUAACCCGAAAAGGACGAUUUUAUAUAAUAAAAAAAAGGAGUAAACAAAAACAUUUUUUUUCAAAGAAAACCUAGAAAACACCUUACAAAAAACAAACUGAGAGUAAAGAUUGUUAAACAAAAUGUGUUUAUUAUUAUUACAAAUAUAUGUAUGUACCAUAGUAUUUACGAUGAACGAGGAAUGAUAAAUGAUAAUGUUAAAAACUUCAAUAAUGUAUUUAAACCAAACAAACAAAAAAAGAAAAAAAUCAAAAAAAUAUUCAAAAUGUAUACUUUCAGUAUAUAUAUAUAUACAUACAUACAUACAACAUGCAUAUAUACACUUGGACAAACAAAUAAACUUUGUUUACAAAAUCGCCCCCUCACUCUCUAACUCUCUCUCUUGACACAGCAACCUCGCCUAGUCCUACCUGAUGAUGAGCACAGAGCCCCCUAACUUCCCAAUCCAAAAAAUCCUUAAUGAACAAAGAAACCCCUACAGAUAUUGAAAAAAGAAAAAACAAAUCCAGUUAAAAAUCCCCCCACACACAUACACACACAAAGAAAUUUAUAUAUAUAAAAAAGUGAAAAUUUAACUGAUGAAUAAGCGAAAACAAACAAAAGAAAAAUAAAUUAAAAAAAAAGAAAAUAUUAAGCAUAAAAUACACAUUCUUUCACUUUUUUGGCUUAUCUUUUUUAUGUUUCUUAAGAUUUUUAGCUAAAGAAAAACAAAACAAAAAAUUAUAACUAAACAUCAACUACUAUUAUAUACUACAAUAAUGUUAUAAAUAUGAUUAAUAAUUAUUAUUAUUAAUAUAUAUAUAUAUAAAUGUAUAAAUAAUAUUUUUUUAUUUUUUAUUAUUGAUAAAUACGAAAAAAACAACUUGGACUGAUUUCUCACAUUUUUAGAUCUACGAGUUACACAAUAAGAAACCAUGAAAUGGACAAAAACAAAACAACAACAAAAGUAUAUUCAUUUUUUAGAAUUCCCUCCCUUGAAAAUUUUAUAAAUUUUAUAUAUAUUUGCAAAAAGAUACAAAAAAACGUAAUGAAUAAAUGCAAGAAUGCAGGAAAGAAAGAAUCUAAAGAAAACAAAAGCAAACUUCAAACAUAUUUUUGGCGGCAAUUCAAAACAUGUAAUUUUUUUUUUUAUAUAUGGAAGUAAAAAACAAGAAAAGAAAAUUAAAUAAAAAGUGAUAGUAAGUUACAUACAACAAACAUAUUUAAUGAUUAUGAUUUUAAAUUAAAAACAAACAAAAACACAUUAUGCUUUCAUUAGUUGUAUACUAUUAAGAGAGAGGAACAACACGAAGAUAAAAAAACACAAAAGCAAAUCGAAAAAUUCAUUGAAAUUUAUAUUUUUUGGAAGAAAAGACUUUGACCUUUUGUUUUAAGUAUGUAAAUUAUUUUUUUUUUAUAUAUACAUACAUAUAUAUAUAUAUAUAAAUAAGCAUGUAUAUUUAGUUUAUGUUAUACAACAUUUUUGUUUUAUUUCAAUAAUAUCUCUAUAAGACCAAAAUAAUUUUGGCAUUUCUUUUGGCAAUUUACUUUUUCAAAAACAACAUUUUUUCCAAGCAUGGCCUUAUUUUUUAUAAAAAAAUGCAUAAAAAUUUUACAAAAAAUCCAUAGUUUUUUUUAUAAAUAAUUUACACGAAAUUUUUUAACAUAAAUUUAUAUAUUUUUUUCUAAAUAAUUUUAUUUUAAACAAAUUGUUUAGAACAAUUUCCCUCUGUAAGCUUUUGUUUUGCUAAUUUUAUUAAUAUAUACAUAUAUAUAUAUACAUAUUUUUUCGUUUUAAGUCUAAUUAAUAUUAUUAUUAUAAUAAUUUGCUUUCUUUUAUAAGUGAAAUAAAUUAUUUCAAGAUUUCGAAAUUGUGCAAUUGUUUUUUUUUUUUAAAUAAAUAAUAUGAAAUUGUAUAAAAAAUAAUUGAAAAUACAUCCCUUUAAACAAAUUAUUGAUAACUAAUUACAAUUAUUAUUAUUAUGAAAUAAUAACAAUAACAACAGCAAAAAACAUACGAAUAUUAAUAAUUUAAGUCGAAAAAAAAUGAUUUCUCCUUCUCGUAUAUUUUAAAGAUUUAGAAAAACUAAACAAACCAACCCCCUCCCCCAACUGUAUAUUAAGCAUGAAGAGUAAAAUACACACAAACACACCAUAUAUAAUAUACUACACAUACACAAAAACAUACCAACCAACAAACACACAUGCAAACAAUGCAGAAAAAAUAUGUUUAUUGUAAAAUAAAUAAAAAGGUUACUUUUUUUAACAAA